AUGAGCGACAGCACCCGGCUCAAGAGCACGGUCUACGUCGGUGGCCUCGACCAGACUGUGACGCAGCAGACCCUCGCAGAGGCUUUUGUCCCCUUCGGCGAAGUAGUCGACAUCUCGCUCCCCAAGCCGGAUGCGCCCAACUCCACCGACCAGCACCGGGGAUUCGGAUAUGUGGAAUUUGAUCUGCCACAAGAUGCCAAAGAGGCCAUCGACAACAUGGACGGCAGCGAGCUCUAUGGGCGCACAAUCAAGGUCGCGGCCGCGAAACCGCAAAAGGACACCAGCGAGGGACUGGGCAGCAAGACCGCCAUCUGGGAACAGGAGGGCUACCUGGCCAAACAUGCUGUUAACGAGGAGGAUCGGCAAGCAACCGAAGAGGCUCAGAAUGCAGGCAAUCUCCCGCAGGACCCCAUGCAGGGAUUGGAGCAGCUCGAUGUGGCUGGGCCGAAACCAGAAUGA